AUCUUCGAGUUGGUUUGGCCGAUACAUAAAGCCUAGCGAGAAGAACGGUCACCCACAUUACCAGUCGUUUUGGGAACGGACAGCSUGAACGUGUACCCAUGCCGUGCGACCUUAACCUAACUUCUCACGACUUGUUAAACAACAUGCAUUCAUGACAACAACACUUUUAAACGAAAAUAUGGAAAAACUCACGUCAAAGAGUGAUCCAUGUGUGGCUAACGGCACAGUAGGAUCUCAGGAAAAGCAGCAGGAAGAUUGCAACAGAACUCAAAACAAGGUUCUAUCCUUCUCGAUUGAAGCCAUACUUAGCUCUCCACAUCCCAASCGGCCAUCCAGAAACAAUGUUCAGAAUAAACAUAUACAAGAGAACCCUCCAAGACCGGAUCAAACUACGACUGCACUCAACACUUUAGUAGAGUUUACCAGUACGACCCUCAAAGAUGCGAGUGUUGAGCGAUGCAAGAAACAGAGAGAAACAACUUUGACACUGGAGCAGAAGUUGGCCGCACUUCAAGCGCGUCUUAAUCAAAGAAAACGCCGAAAACCAAGGACAUGUUUUACAAACCAACAAAUUGCUGAACUCGAACGAAGGUUUGUCUACCAGAAAUAUCUCUCUCCAUCUGACAGAGACGAGCUCUCGCUAAGGCUCGGCCUUUCCGGAGCGCAAAUAAUAACUUGGUUUCAAAAUAGAAGAGCGAGAUUUCGAAGAGAUGUGGAAGAACUUAAAAGUGAUGUUGAGGCAUCGAGUAUUAUGGAACCAAAAGAAAUUCAAAAGAUGUGUAAGAGCUUAGAAAUUUAACAUCKAUUUCUUGGUGGUGAACGUUUGUUGUAUCAUAGAAAACUCCCGCAAUUAUCGGACUGAAACAGAYUCAAGAAAACAUUCUUCGACUUGGAGGUAUUCAAAGUCUCUCUUUCUCGUUCAUAUUGUGAAUUCAUAACAAUGGGGCCAUUAUUGRUCCUUACGAACAAUUAUUUAGAACUUAAAGCAACUCUAUUUAAAUCUUGCUUGCGAAGCAUGAUAAUUGUACAUUGUUUUCAUGUUGUAUCCACGAUCGUUCAAGUUUUACUUAUUUGUACAUACUUUCUAAAAUGAACAAAGAAAUAUGUUUCAUUUUAUCGCGCAUUCAGUCUUGUAUAAACGAUUUUGUGUUGAAUACUGACUGGUURAGGCCAGGAUAGGCCUCAUACUGAUUUUAAAUUGAAUUAGAGAUAAUGUUGUGUCAAACUAAUCGUAAAUCUUCCAAUGUUGCCCUGUAUUAAAUUAUCUUACACGAAAACAUGGUGUGAAGAAGAUUGUGUUCUUAAACCUAUUGUUAAGAAACGAUUGUGUUUGAUUUAUGAUUAGGUAGCUCUUUUGUUAAUUAAGUAUGUAGCUUUAUUAGCAACCGCUUGUGCCACAAUUAUCCUUCACAGAGUCAAMUGKAACUCGUGCUAAAGACAGUUGAAAAUGACUUUCAAAGUUCUUAAUCUCAAAGAAAACKUUAUCAAAAACACUGAUAUAUAGAAAUUUAGUUUCUCUAUUUAUUGCGAAAAGAACGUUUACUAAUAAAAUAGCCUAAAAAUUUAGACUUAGUYAUUUAAAUUAGAGAAAAGUGCAGUUUAAUGGAUUGACAUUUCAACAGGCUAGUCAACUCCUGUCCUGUUCAAAUGGAGAUCUUAUUAAUCUUUUUCCUGUUAUUCUAAAACAAAGGAAAUCUUUUGCUCGUUUAAAGUAUUAAUUACUGGCUGCUAAAUUGUAUUGAAAGCGUUCUUUCACGGGUUUGCUAAGGUUAUAAAGMCAGGAAACCGUGAACACUGUGUUUCUUGUUCAAACUCAAMAUCAMAACCUAUCAAAAAUGAUGGAUCAACUGCGAAGCCCAAUGGUGUGAAACGAUUUUUUGACGUCAAAAAGCUUUUCAAUUAAUGGAAAUCUGUUUCUUUAAGACCAACAAGCAGAUAAGUCUAUUAAAUACCGYAAGAACAGCGUACAGAGCUUAGUCUUUACACAAGUCAACUAAUUCUUAACAUUUUCCAAGUCGAAAAGGUCAGUCAAGAUACUACUGAAAGUCAURAAAAAUAACUAAUAAAAAUACCAGGAAAAUCAUAUGGGCAAAUA